AUGGCCAAGAGAAGAACGAAAAGAAGAACUCACCAGCCUCCCUCGGCUGAAGAGUUGGCCAAGAUUCCCCGCUCGAUGGUGCUUUCGCUAGGCACUUCGCUUAAAAAUCACGCCCUAACUCAGCUAGUAAAGGACUUCAGAUUUGUGAUGCAACCACAUACCGCCAUCAGUUUGCGAGAAAGAAAAGCCAACAAGCUCAAGGACUUUAUGGUGAUGUCCGGGCCUUUGGGUGUUUCGGACCUUUUUGUGUUCAAACAGUCGGAAAGUUCUGGAAACGUCUCCUUGAGAAUCGGCAAGAUGCCCAAGGGUCCCUGUCUUCAAUUCAAGGUGAACUCUUAUGCUUUGGUCAAGGAUGUUCAGAGAAUAUUGAAACACCCCAAGUCUGUGGGCCGAGACUCUGCUGCCUUCCACGAGCCCCCUUUGCUUGUGAUGAACGGGUUCAAAAAAGUCAAUGAUGCUGAAAACCACGAGAAGUUGAUGAUCACCAUAUUGCAGAACCUUUUCCCGCCCAUUCAGCCACAGACGACGAAGGUCAACACAAUCAAGAGAGUUCUCCUCAUCAGCAAAAAGGAAGACGGUGAAAUCGAAUUGAGACACUACGCCAUCGACACCAAGAUGGUGGAGGAAAGCAGAAACAUCAAGAAGUUGAUCAACUCCCACCAGACACACAAGAAACUCCCGAUCAUGACAAAAGCACAGGACAUCUCCGAUUUGAUCUUGGACCCCUACGCCGUGGGCGGCCAGACCUCAGACAGUGAAGUGGAGGAUGAUGCCGUUGUUGAGGUGAAGAACGAACAGAACAAUCUCGUGAAGAAAGCUGGCAUUUCCGCCAAUUCCGAUGGCGACGUCACCACGACAAGAAAAAGAGCCAUCAAGCUCACCGAGUUGGGCCCUCGUAUCAACAUGAACCUCGUCAAGAUCGAAGACUCCAUGAUCGGCGGCAAGACGAUAUACCAUUCCAGAAUCAGCAAGACGAAGAAGGAGGAGGCUGAAUUGGAGAAGAGGCACCAGCAGAGACAGCAAGAAAAGGCCGAGAGAAGAAAGGAGCAGAAAGCCAACGUUGAGGCGAAAUUGGCCAAGAAGGAAGCCAAAAAGGCUAGAAAGUUGGCCAGAAAGAACGGCGAAUCUGCACCGGGCGAUGCUGAUGGUGAAGACAGCGGCAGCGAGGCCAGCGACUCGGAUGCUCCUGAAAUCAACCCCAGCGAUUACGAAAACGAUAGCGACUUGUUCAGCGAAUAA